AGAUUAAAGCAAACGGUCAGUAAAUCAUCGAGCGGAUCACAGUAUGUGUAAAUGAUCUGCUGUGAACGCGCAGAGCCAAGAGACUCUAUUCCUAAAAUAAGCCCUGCAGUGGCAUCCAAAACACGGCUUUUACUCCCGCACACUGUGAACGGACAGUCUGAAUAACUUUAACAGACGGGCCUGAUAAAGCGUCGUGCGCUUUAAAUCAACCGAAACAACUUAUAUUUAUUGCAAUAUUACCAAAAGCAGCGCACACCAAAUGCACAUUUACACAUUAAAAUGUCGUACAGGUCUCAGUAUUCCGCCGGUACCUCCCGUUCAUCUCAGGCGGGGGUUGACUUCACCUCUCCGGGUUUAGCGGUGAUGGAGAUUGAACGUCUUCUGAUCUCUGGAAGAGCCAUCAACACUAACGCAGAUGAAGUCUGGCCCAACCUUUACAUCGGCAACAUGGAUAUAGCUGAAAACUGUUCAGAGAUGAGAAGGCAUCACUUCACUCACGUCCUGAACUGCGCCCACAGCUCCAGACGUGGCGGCGAGAUCUAUGAUGGCAUGGGCAUCACCUACAUGGGCAUAGACGCGCACGAUUCACCCACAUUUGACAUGAGUGUUAACUUUAACAAAGCUGCUGAAUUUAUUCAUACAGCGCUGAAGGACGGAGGCAGAAUCCUGGUUCACUGUCAUGUUGGAGUGAGUCGAUCAGCAACUGUAGUUUUGGCAUAUCUGAUGCUGAAACAGAACAUGACGCUGGUGGAGGCGAUCCAGAAGGUGAAAGAGGGAAGAGGUGUCUAUCCCAACCGAGGCUUCCUCAGACAACUCAUUGACCUUCAUAUUAAAUUAUACGGCUACAGAAACUAGACACACAACAGCCAUGAGAGACAAUUGGUGCAGACUUUGUGCAGCUUGUUCUUUUGAAAUGUAUUGGAUCCAUCUUACUGAUUGGUAUGGCUUUAUUCGAUUCAAGUGAACUUUAAAUGAACAUAUUAAAAUGAACAUACCUGAUGAA